UUUUUUAUUCGCUUUAGUCUGUGGGUCUGUGGUGCUUCGCAAACAAAUCGCGACAGUGUUAAUUUUUAUAAUCUCAAAUAGUAAACAAAAGAAAAAUAUGCUUAUAUGUUAGUAGUUUGAUUAUUUUACUAUCUAGUGCAACAAUAGAGUUUAGUAAAACUACGUUAUUCAUUGCAGUUGCGUUGAUGGAUUUAUUCAAACAAGAAAUGAAGGGUCCCUCUAGGCCAGCUCCUGCUGUGCCCAGACUGGGAGUUAAUCGCUACUCACCAGUUACUAAUUGGAAUGAUGACCCAUUUGGUGCAGAUGUGUUUGAACCCACUCCACAGUUUGUGCAAAAAAAAGUGCCCCCACCACGACCCCCUCCACCAAGAGUCAAAAAACACCCAGAAGUUCCUGCCAAGCCAUCACACUUCAUAAGAAAACCAACUGUACUCACUUCAUUGUUAUCUCGUAAAAAAGCUGCUACAAGUAAUUCAAAUAAUACGGUAACUGUUAACAACCAAAUGAAUAAUGAGUUUGGUUUUGAGAUGGAUACAAAUAGAGUGUUUCCAAAAUGUGAACCAAAGAAUUUACAAACUGGAACUUUAAUAGAUUUGUCUUCCCCUCCAAGUUCUCCUACAUUUACAACUAGAUCAAGUAGUGACGGUUUAAGUGUAGAUAGUUUUGGAUCAGAUGCAACAAAUUCAACUAAUCACCUUAAUGUUAAUAAUGGUGGAAAUGCAUCGCAAAGUGAAAGUGGCUUUGAGGAUGAUUUUGAUUUAUUCUUAAAUAGUAGAAAAAAAAUCCCUAAAGAUGAUACUUUAGAAGACUUUACUACUGUAGAUCCAUUUUCACCCCAACCUGUAUCAAUUAAACCUCCAAUUAUGCGGAAGCCUGUGUUUGAUAAAGAUUUUUAUGAAGCGAAAAUUAGUAGUCAACAUAGUUAUGCCGGAAAUAACAUAAAAGGGCCAACUAUAAUCAGAGCUAAACCAGCCAGACCAAAGCCACCUGAUAACUCUGCAUUGUUGAAGAAUACAUUGGGCAGCAGUUUUCCUGUGACUCUCAUGAAUGUGAACACCACCACACCUAUACAAAAAGUGGGGAAUUGCUUUGGAAGUAAUUUUAAUUCAAAGCCAAGCUGGGAGAGUUCUCCAGAGCGAGAAUCGUCACCACCUAUGCCUUCAAUCCCGCCUCCGCCACCGCCGCCUAUUACCGAUGAAGAUAUCCCGUUCGAGUGGGCAGGAGACGUCGAAGUAACGAGCUUCAAUACGGACCUUGAUGAAGAUGAAGCAGAGAAACCUUAUGGAGUGGCGCUUUAUGACUACUUCACUGAUCAUCCAGAUGACCUUUGCUUUUCGACCAAUUCUAGGAUAAAUCUAAUAAGGCGGGUAGAUGCCGAUUGGCUGUAUGGCAGUCUUCGCAGUGGCGCCGAAGGUAUAUUUCCGUCGAACUACGUGGAGAUCAAGGUGCCAUUACCGAAUGACGUUGCGGCCGCACCGUCAGCUGCCGGCAUCGCGAAGGCCUUGUACGACUUCGAGCCCGCACAGCCUGGAGACCUAAAGUUCCUCACCGGAGACACUAUCACAGUGUUGCACAAACUCAGUGACGAGUGGUAUUUCGGUCAGUGCAACGGAAUCAAAGGACAAUUUCCCGUCAAUUACGUCCAAAUGUGCUAACUAAAACAACUAGCCCCAAUUUCUAUUGAUAUUAUUACUUGCCGUCAUGUGUAUAUUAGACUACGCUAUGUGAUAUGUCAACGGCACCAAGACUGAUGUCUUAUUUUAAAUUGCUGCUAUACGAUUUUUUUUACGAUCAAAUCGAUAUGGCAUGUAAUAUGUAGUCAGAAACGUUUGUAGCCAAUGUUUAAGGUCAGAUUUUAUAACGAUUUUUGAACACUUAAUUUACAUAAUUAUCUGUGUAGCCAUGUAUAUGUACAAUUAGAAAAUUCACCACUGAUGCCAUAAUAUAAUAGUUAGGUAUGCGAUGAUAUGUUAGUUAUGGCGGCCCGAAAACGUGAUUUGUAUAUUUAAAAUAUUGUAACAAUGCAAUGCAAUGUGACUGAUUGAUUGUAUAUAUUAUUGCUUCUAUUAAAUUGCGACGCCCCCGCAUAGAGUAUUAAUAUAUUUUUAGUUGGUAAUGGUUGUGUAAUAUUUGUUUUAUAUUUUAGUCUUUAUUUGAUCUGAAAAUUAGUCCGUAGGAUUUAAUUUACUACUUAUCUAUGAGAUUCUAGUUAAGCUGAAUAAAUAAUGACUUGUGAAUGUUUGGGUUAAUUUAGUCCAAUUUGUAUCGUUGAUCGCCUUUAAAAUAUACUAUUAUCUAAAUCCUGUUAAUCAAUGUCAGAAACGUCCAAUUACUGAA